AUGGCCCCUCCAAACCCUACUCACCCGAAAGCCCCUUUAAAAAUCCUGAUGCUUCACGGUUACACCCAAUCAGGACCCUUAUUCCAUGCCAAAACCCGUGCGCUGGAAAAACACCUCAAAAAGUCCUUCCCCCUCCAUUCAGUCUCCCUCUCGUACCCAACGGGACCCCUUCACCUUUCUCCGUCAGAUAUCCCAGACUUCCAACCCUUCUCUACCCCAAGCGCAGAGGCUAAUGAUACCGGCCAACCUGAGUGCUUCGCAUGGUGGAGGCGCUCCAACACAGCAAACCCACCCGAAUACCAAGGGCUAGAUGAGGGCAUUGAAACCAUUGCGCGCGUUUUGGCUGACGAAGGCACCUUCGACGGUGUCAUUGGAUUCUCACAGGGAGCAGCUUUCGCGGCGAUGGUGGCGAGUCUGCUCGAGCCGGGACGCAAAGGCUCUUUUGAAUACUUUGCCGAUAUGGCAAAUCAUGAAUCCUCAAUAUCUUCCUCCAGUGCUGGGGACCCUGUCACCGGCAUCCCUUUCCCUACUUCUUUCGACAAGCUGACGCAUCCACCCUUUAAAUUCGCCAUAUGUUAUUCUGGCUUCAUUGCGCCGGGUGCGCGGCAUCGAGCCUUUUACGAACGGCCGAGAAUCCAGACACCCGUGCUGCAUGUGCUGGGUAGUUUGGAUGGUAUUGUCGAGGAGGACAGAAGUAGGAUGUUGAUUGAAGAGAAGGUGGAGGAUAUGGAGAUGCCGUUUUAG